UAAAUAGGAGAGCUUCAUUGGGGCUGAGGAACACACAAGCCUUAGCAAACAAAAGCCAUGGAUGAAGAGUCCGAAGUUCCCUCAGUCCCCUAUCAGUUUGCUCUCAAAUCAGUAUUCAACAAAAAAUAUCUCUCCUUCGUUCGUAAGGACAAGGAGCUAUUUGGAUAUCUCCAAUUCUCUGGGGACAAAGUUCUAAGUCCAUACACAAAGUUCGAACUCGAAACCUCUAAGUUUGGAAAAGGAUUUUUCCACAUAAGAUGCUGUUGGAACAACAGAUAUUGGGUUCUACACUCGCAAUCCUCCCACUACAUCGUGGCUGGAGCCAAAAAGCCCGACGAAGACCAAUCAAAGCACACCUGCACCUUAUUCAAGCCCAUCUAUGACGACGGUUCCCACGGCGGUUUCCGGUUCCGAAACGCCCAUCUCAACCGCAACCUCCACCUCCACGGCGAGGCCUUUGGAGCACACAAAAAUUGCCUCUUUGCCAAAAGCUCAAGACCCGAAAGAGACCGAUCCGACCUCGUAACAGUCGUUGACUGGGACUCCCUCUGCAUYCUCCCAAGAUAUGUSGCCUUCAAGGGCGACAAUGGCCGCUACCUUCGACCCUCGCACCAUGCCUACGGCAGCGUUUAUUUAGAGUUCCGCGCUUUGGAUAUUUCCGACCCCGGAAUAAAACACGAGAUUCUAACGAUGCCUGAUGGCCAUAUUCGCGUGAAAAAUGUGCCUUAUAAACAGUACUGGGUACAUGACCCAGAUUGGAUAUUGGUGAAAGGGAAUGAAAAUUCAGCUAAUGAUCGCCACGCCUUGUUUUGGCCGAUCAAAGUUGACAACAAUGUUGUGGCACUGCGUAGCAUGGGCAACAAUCACAUAUGCAAGAGGCUGAGCAUUGAUGGGAAGGAGAAUUGUUUGAAUGCUUCCGCUGGGAGCAUCACUGAUGAGGCAAGAAUGGAAGUGGUGGAGCUUGUGAUUUCGAGGGAAAUUUACAACAUCAAUUUCCAUCUCUCAGAUGCGAGGGUUUAUAACGAGAAACCCCUUUUGGUGGCCACUGGAACUGAUGAGAAUUUGAAAGAUGCAGCUGAAAAAGUGAGUGUGAAGCUGUCUUAUGAGGACACUGUGACAACAACUUGGAAGUCUUCUAUAUCGACCAAAUUUGGGGUUAAAGUGACUGUGGAAACUGGGGUUCCUAAGAUUUCUGAAGGGGAGAUUGAGAUUUCUGCUGAGUUUCAGGAGGAAUAUGAAUGGGGAGGAACCCAACAGACCAAAACUCUUGUGGAGGUGACCCACGACGUGAUGGUGCCUGCAUGGAGCAAAGUGAGGGGCAGCAUAAUUGCCACUCAAGCUAUCUGUGAUGUUCCUUUCUCUUACACUCAACGGGAUAAGCUUAUGAAUGGAAGAUCAGUUAUUAGUCGUCUUGAUGAUGGUAUUUUUACUGGCGUCAAUUGCUACAACUACAAGUUUCUAGCAGAAGAAAUCUGAUAAGUAUGUUGUGUUUUUUACUGCUACUGUGUGUUUCAUAAUGUUCAAAAUCAGUCAAUUUGGUAAUAAAUGUGAGAGGGGACUCAGUGCAUGCAUCAUGUUUUUCCUUUUGUAAUGCUUGGAGCAAUUGCUUACAUUAAUAAAAUUAAUUUCUGUUGUUUUUAA